UUAAAAUCAUUUUUAGCUAUCUAUGUUUUUAACCUAAACUUUUGAGGCUACAGUAGUUAAAAAAUAAUUUAAUUUUCAUGUUAUAUUACUUUCAUAUCUUUUUCUGUAUUAAUUUAUAAUGAAUUAUUCAGUGGGAAGUAUAGCUGAUUUGAUAUCUGGAAAAAAUACUCCAAACAAACCAAAAUUUGUAGAGAAGGUUAUCAUUCAACCAAAUGAUCAAUCCAAAAAGUCUCAAUCUGAUGUGGAAUAUGAAGAUUACAGCAAUAAAAACCGCAUAAAUAGUAAAUCUUCAAAUAUAAAAGGCCGAAAAGAAGUAGCAAAGAACAGAAAUAAAUUAACUACUUAUGAAGAGAGUAAGAAUGGACCAGUGUCUAUUCAAAGAAGCCCUGAGAAAGGAACUUUUCCAAAACACAAACAGAUUGACAAGCCACUGAAGAAAGAACGUGAUGAAGAACAAGAAAAUAAAACAAUAUUUGUAGGAAAUGUCCCUGUAGGAGCAAAUAAAUUAAAACUAAAAAAAUUGUUUGGGAAAUUUGGUAAUAUAGAAUGUAUUCGAUUAAGAUGUGCAGCUCCUGAUGAUCCCAAUGUUUCAAAGAAACUAGCAGUUAUAAAGAAAAGAUUUCACCCUGAUAGAAAAAGUUUACAUUGCUUUAUAAGAUUUCAGAAUAGAGAAGAAGCAUGUAAAGCAUUAGAAAUGAAUGGUUUCGAGUAUAAAAGCCACCAUUUAAGAAUUAAUAUGGCUCAAAAUGAAGAAAAACCAGAUGAAAAUAAAGCACUUUUUAUUGGAAAUAUACCAUUUGAUGCUGAAGAAGAAGAUUUAUGGACAAUAUUUGAAACUGUGGGUGCAAUUUCUUCAGUGAGACUUGUAAGAGAUUCAAAAACUUCCAUGGGAAAAGGUUUUGGUUAUGUUAACUUUCAGUCCUCAGAUUCUGUUGAACUUGCUUUAGAAAGAAAUGAUUUUCAACUAAAAAAUAGACUCUUAAGAAUAUGCAGAUGCAGUAAUUCAGCUGGCAAAAAGUCAAAGAAUAAAAGAGGAAGAAAAAAUCAGAGUAAUUUU